CCAAAUACACGCACAGCUUGCUGAGCCGUGCGAGUGGAACUUCGACGUUUUCGGUUGAUUUGAAUUGGUGAUUUCUUGUGUAUCGAAAAAAGCAGAGCCUUGACUUGGAAGAAAUUCUGGGCAAAAUCUUCAUAAUUUUUGAAGAUGGCUGGACUCGCUUCCUUUAAAUUCUUCUGGAAAUGAAUUUUUUCUCAGUUUCAAAUCUUUUCAACAGUGCAAUUUUGGUUGGAUUUCUGGUAUCAGUUUGUAAUGGCGGGGAUACAUGUACUGCGACAUUCAAGGGAUCAAUCGUUGUAACUAAGUACUGUGACAUUGGAGGAUGUUGUAUUCCGAGCACAGGGGACGAAAAAACCGAUCCGGACGAACUAUGUUGUAUGACAACACUUACGUUCAUUCUUAUCUUGUCUUUCACGGGAGGACCUGCAUUUCUUUUAACUUUGAUUUGCGGUGGAUUGUGUAUUAAACGUUACUGUGAAAAGAAGAAAAACGAUGACAGAAUCCGGAGAGCCGAGUCUGCGCGACAGGAGCGACGCCGUGAGCGCAGGCGCCAGCGGCAACAGCAGGAACAGGAAGAGGAAGCGGUCCGGAUUAGAAGAUACUACGAUCCCAACCCCGAGGACGGUCCUUUAAGGCCUCCAGCGUAUGACGAAGGUCCACCAGGAUCGGUUCCUAACCAGCGAGCUCUACCAAUGUCACCACCACCAGCUUACGAAGCGAUAGUACAAGAGGCUACAUUACCAAAUCACAACCAAAUCCCCGUUAGUUAUAAUGAAAGAGCUAGAGUGGGCAGAAAUGAACACAGCCAGGACGGAAAUGAACACAUCGAUGUGACAAUUCAUGCACCCGCCAUUGGAGGCAGGCGAUUAAAUAAACGAGUUACAUUAAAUGAGACAAAAUCAAGCAACAGUGCUGUGAGAAAUGGAAUCACAAACUCUGGAACAGCGAGAAAUGGAAUCACACGCCCAGAGUCUGUGCAUAAAAACCAAGUUUCUCCGAGUAACAGUUUUAGAACCGUACCAAGUCCAACCAGAAGUCCCAGCGCUCUAUCUAAUGACAGUGUAAAUUCUGAGCAUGACACUGUGCGCCCUAAACAGUUUUCAAGACCUCUUCAAAUUGUUAUUGAUGCACCGAUCGACGAGCCCGCCGAUUUACUGUAUAUAUAAGAUGAGAUUUCAAUAAAAAUGUUU